UACACUGAAAUAAAAAAAAACAAAAAAACAGAAGUGCCCCCUUCGAUGACGUCAGAGUCCGUCAGUCCACGUGACUGGAGUAGUUUCUGAAAGGUGUCGUUGCAGUAUGGCCGAGCAAGCGGCGACGGGGAACAGAGGGGCGGUGCAGAGAUUGCUGUCUGUUGUUGGUGCUGACAGUGUGGUCAGCAGUGUGUGGGGCUACGUGGACACCACAAUAAAGUGGUGCUGGAUCCCUAACUGGCUGCCGUCAUGGUGCCCCACCUCUCAGAUUCAGCUACAGACUGCAGAGAUAAAGAUGCUGCGAUAUGUCGACGGCACGUUCUCCAAACAGUUUGUCCCCGUCUCAAACACUAACCGGCUGUGGACCCUGACUGUAGGCAGUGACCAUGUCAAACACAGAACCCCCAUAGUUCUGCUGCAUGGGUUUGGAGGGGGCGUUGGUCUUUGGGCUCACAACCUGGACGCUCUCUCCCAGCGCGGACCCGUCUACGCCCUGGACCUGCUGGGCUUCGGACAGAGCAGCAGGCCUCAGUUCUCGACAGACAGCCAGGAGGCAGAGGAGCAGUUUGUGGAGUCUAUAGAGCAGUGGCGGGCUAAAACGGGUCUGGGGUCCAUGAUACUGCUGGGGCACAACCUGGGCGGAUACCUGGCCGUGUCGUACUCUAUCAAAUAUCCACACAGAGUUAAGCUCAUACUGCUGGUGGAGCCCUGGGGAUUCCCUCAGCGACCCGACACAGAAGAGGCCGACCGUCCCAUCCCCGUGUGGAUCAAAGCCCUGGGGGCCAUGUUCAGUCCCUUCAACCCCCUGGCUGGCCUGAGAUUGGUCGGACCGCUCGGUCCCACCCUGGUUCAGACUCUGAGACCCGACUUCAAGAAGAAGUUCGCCUCCAUGUUCACUGAUAACACUGUAUCUGAGUACAUCUACCACCUGAACGUGCAAACCCCCAGUGGGGAAACAGCUUUUAAGAAUAUGUGCGUCCCCUACGGCUGGGCCAAAAGGCCGAUGCUGCAGAGGAUGGACAAGCUUCAUCCAGACAUCCCCCUCGCCAUCAUCUACGGCUCGCGCUCCAGCAUAGACAGCAACUCAGGCAGCACCAUCAAAGAGAUGAGGCCCAGCUCCCAAGUGGAGAUCAUAACGAUCCGUGGAGCCGGACACUAUGUGUACGCCGACCAGCCCGACGACUUCAACCGCAGAGUUUUGCAAGUGUGCCAAAAGUUGGACUGAACCCGAGUCCGGGGUGCUGAACUCAGGAGGAAAAAAAAGGGGAGCAGGACUUACAGACAUCACUUUAGCAGCAGCCAGCAAUGAGAAGUAUUUGCACAUAAAGACUUUUGAAAGAAGCAGAAUUAUGUGAUCGUGGCUCAUCCUGACACGCUGAUGUUCACAUGUUAUGUCACCGCAGAGUCAGUGAUUUUCCGUGUAACUCGGAGAAUAAGGGCUCUGGGCUGACGACAUCAAUAAGCCCCCUUUUUAACGCUAUUGAGUGAUUCAUUCUAACUUGAUCAAAUAGUGCCUGUGGGCCUGCGUCACACGCUCCUUUUGCAUUACAGCUGCAGCGCACACAUAGAGUCGAUGGUACUGCAGCCUCUUCAACACUUGAUUGAAGCAUUCGUUAUACUGGCUUUUCUCACAAUCGCCUCUCUCAAAUGCAGUCAAGAAAAGAGGAGUUCAGAUACUCUGCAGAACACACAACCACAAAGCCUCAGUGUUCAGUGAAAGCACAACAUCGUUCAUAUGCAGCCUGAGUUACAGUAGCUCCAAAUAAGCAACAAACGUGUGUUUUUUUGCUAAUCAUGUUUGCUCUUUGUGUUUAGACUCACUAGAGGACAACCCAAAUUCCUAAACAGUUGGGACGUUGAGUAAGGCCCCGUGUCCACCUAGUGUUAUUUUUCUGCAACAUCAGCGUCUUUUUAAAUUUGUUUUCAAUGAGGAGAGAACAGUUGCAGCAGAAAGCGGUCGCCUGGAGUAAAAGCGCAGCACCCAGCGUCUUUCACCCCCCCCCCCCGAGCGCUCUGCCUUUUUUUUUUCUGCAGCCGCUCCGAGCGCUCAAAUAAAAAAAAAAAUUUCAGAAUGGCUCUGUUUACUUGUGCGGCGCACUUUUCCAAAUGUAUCAUGUUCCCUUUAGUUUUGCCAUCUGCAGAUCGUGGCAUUGUACCCAAAUCCUCCUCGCUCCUAUGUCUGAUGAUCUAAAUAAAAA